ACUGCAUGGUGUUAUGAAAUGUAGUUUAACAAGGACGAGCUGCAAGAAACAUCUGAAGGGAGCAAAAGAGUUGUGCAAAAAGGGAGGAAAAGAUUACGAAAACAUUUGUCAAGGAAUCGCCAUAAUGGAAAUCCCUGACUUUUCGUCAGUUAAACUACAAAGGCCUGAACUGGUUGAUUUUGAGGGAAUUUCUAUGACCCACUACUUCACUGACAACUGGGAAAAGGUGAAAAACUUUCAAGCAAGACCUGAUGACAUUCUAAUCGCCACUUACCCCAAAGCAGGUACCACCUGGAUGUCAUAUAUUCUGGACCUUCUGUAUUUUGGUAAUGAUGCUCCAGAGCGCCAGACUUCCCAGCCUAUCUAUAUGAGAGUGCCAUUCCUGGAGUCAUUUUUUAAAGUGAUACCAUCAGGGACAGAGCUGGCUGAUAAUCUGCCCACAUCUCCUCGCCUCAUCAAAACUCAUUUACCUGUUCAGCUUGUGCCCAAGUCCUUCUGGGAGCAGAACUCAAGGAUUGUGUAUGUAGCACGGAAUGCAAAAGACAUUGCCGUUUCCUAUUUUCAUUUCAAUCAAAUGACCAUGGUGCAGCCUGACCCAGGAGACUGGAACACUUUCUUACAGAAAUUUAUGGAAGGAAAGAGUGUGUUUGGUCCUUGGUUUGAUCAUGUCAGUGGAUGGUGGGAGAAAAAACAGACAUAUUCUAAUUCACUAUACCUGUUCUAUGAAGAUCUGGUUGAAGACACAGGACGUGAGGUGGAACGUUUGUGCUCCUUCUUGGGUUUGUCCACUUCUGUUGAAGAGAGGGAGAAAAUAUCGAAAAGUGUUCAGUUUGAUGCUAUGAAACAGAACAAGAUGACCAACUAUUCCACUAUCCCAGUCAUGGACUUCAAGAUCUCACCCUUCAUGCGGAAAGGUAAAGUUGGAGACUGGAAAAAUCACUUCACUGUGGCACAGAAUGAACAGUUCGAUGAGGUCUACAAACAGAAGAUGAAGAACACCACUGUCAAGUUCCGCACUGAGAUUUAAUACUUGAGUUCUGGAUCUCUAAAAAUGUGUCUGACUGAAGUCUAAAUGCAGUUAAUUUAGAGACAUUUGACUUAUAAUUAAAUAUACAGUAAUUAAGCCAUUUAUAGGUUGACUUAUGUGGAAAAAUUGUAAAGCUUUCAAAACAAACCAGUGACAUGACUUAGUUCAAA